CUGGUGAGUAAAAGCCCUAGUGAUCGUCUUCCUCGCCAGCGGGUGACGAUGAAGCUGGUCAGGUUCUUGAUGAAGCUGAACAACGAGACCGUCUCCAUCGAGCUCAAGAACGGGACCGUCGUUCAUGGCACCAUCACAGGUGUUGACAUCAGCAUGAACACACAUCUGAAGACUGUGAAACUUACUCUGAAGGGGAAAAAUCCUGUGACUCUUGAUCACUUGAGUGUGAGGGGUAACAACAUUCGCUACUACAUCCUUCCUGACAGUUUGAAUCUAGAGACCCUAUUGGUAGAAGAGACACCAAGGGUCAAGCCCAAGAAGCCAACUGCAGGGAGGGCUGUGGGACGUGGUCGAGGCCGAGGACGAGGCCGUGGACGGGGGCGUGGACGUUAACUUGUCUCUGCUGACUUACAUUGUUUCUUUGGGAACUAGUCUUGUGAACAACAGGCAAAUGCUGGUUAUAUUGCCUUUGUGGUUUGGAGGUAUCUUCGUUGUUGAUUCAGGUGUGAAAACUUUGGAGUUGCAAUUCUUUUCAUUGAUCUACUCCGCGGAAACUGUAGUCUCCCUUGAAUAUGGAUCUUAAUAUGCUUAAGCUUGUAAUGUAGAGUACAACUUUUGUGCAACAAUUAGCUAUGAUAGACAAGGAUUCUAAAUCUGUGGCAGCUCAUUCUUCUUGUGCCCAUGCCUUCCUCACCAGAACGAAGUCUCCAUAUCAAGGGUCGAUCAUUCGGUCGAUUGAGAAGGCAGUGGGCAUUCUCCAGUCGAAUAUUAAACUCAUGAAUCGCUGAGGCGCAAUACUGUAGCCACUGGUGAGGAAUUUCAAAAUUCUCCUUUCGUUUUCCGCAGCUAGAUUUGCAAGCAGCCUUACUGACUUAGAUCCUUGCUUGUAUAGAUUAGGCUAGAGAUCUCGGGCCUUAUCGCUAUGAAAUUGCCAUGGGGUUCAAAACAAUUCUCACAUGAAUUCAGUGCACAUUGGCCCAAUGCAUUUGGAUCAUCGAAUACAGAGAAGUCGGUUGAUUUCCACUA